AACGUAACACCGCCAAAGCUGGCUCCCGGCUUUUUACGCUUAAACGCUGUUAAACUGAAAAACUAGGAAGCCAGUAAAAGAAACGCAAACAUGGCCGCCGUACAAGUCGAGUCGCCGGGUUUUUCUUUUGAAAAUUGCUCUAGAAACCGACAUCUUGAAAAAAUAGGUCUGAAAGCUCCAACAGCCUAUAAAACCGGAACCACUAUAGCUGGUAUCAUAUAUAAGGAUGGAGUUGUACUGGGAGCUGAUACCAGGGCAACAGAAGACACUAUUGUCGCUGACAAGAACUGUAGCAAAAUUCACUACCUUGCUGAUAAUAUGUAUUGUUGUGGUGCAGGAACAGCAGCAGACACAGAGAUGACCACACAGAUGAUAGCGUCACAGUUAGAACUUCAUAAACUGAAUACUGGCAGGAAACCCAGAGUUGCCACCGCCAACAGACUUCUCAAACAGAUGUUAUUUAGAUAUCAAGGUUAUAUCAGUGCUGCCCUAGUACUAGGAGGGGUAGAUGUUACAGGGCCACAUCUGUAUUCAAUACAUCCACAUGGGUCAACAGAUAAACUGCCCUAUGUUACCAUGGGAUCUGGAUCAUUAGCAGCCAUGGCAACUUUUGAAGCAGGAUUUAAACCCAAUAUGGAGAAAGCAGAGGCAUUGAAGCUUGUUCGAGAUGCCAUUGCAGCUGGUAUAUUCAAUGAUCUGGGCUCUGGAUCAAAUGUAGAUCUAUGUGUGAUAACUGCCGACAAGGUGGAAUAUUUGCGACCAUACGAUGAAGCUAAUGUAAAAGGACAAAGAGAAGGCAACUAUGGUUUCAAGAGAGGGAGUACAGCUAUAGUGAGCACCGAGGUGAAGAAAAUUCCAUUUGACAUUGUUUCAACCCAAGUCAGUUCCACACCAAUGGACACAGCAUGAUCAAAUAUAACAAUGAAUAUGUGACUUUCAGCUGUAUUGUUUAGUAUCAUACUCGUUUCAGUGAAAAAAAUUAUUAGUGAUCGUACAAGCCUGUUGAAUAAUUAACGUAAGGGUUAUUAAUGCAUUCUCACCAUAUAUUCCCUUAUGAAUGACUACCUGGGGUCUGGGGGGAAGGGUGAAAGGGAAUCAUUUAAUAUUAAGGCCCUAAAAAUGGUAUAUUUUCACAUAUUUGAGAUAAUAUAAACUACAAAAGAAACUUUAAUGAAGGAAUUUUAACAGUUGAUUAAAAUUGUAAAUUUAAUAUGACUUAAAAUAAUUUAAACAAAAACAUUUUUUUGGAAAUAAGGAGUGGGGGGCGGUGUUUAUAAGAGUGAAGGCAUUCACAAGAGAAUAUAUUGUUGACUUUAGAGUGUGUUAAUUCAUAUUAUAAAGUUAGUUUAAGCAUGAAGUACUUCUUACAAGGACAAGGUCUUUAAAAUUGAAUAAAUGUUUAACUUGUGAAAACCAGUUUCAGAAUACAUGGGAACAUUUUGUCAUUUUACAAGUGCUAUUUACACAUUAAAUUAUGUCUAAAGCAA